AUGGCCGACGAGCAGCCUUCCACCGUAUCCUCCUCCGCCGAGGACCGCAAAGCCGCCUCCGCCCUCGCCAACCUCGACUCCCACGACGACGCCGCCGCCUCCUCCUCCACCGUCGACCUCGCCGCCGUCAACAAGGCCACCAAGGGCGGUAGCGGCAGCGGCAGCGGCAGUGGUAGCAGUAGCAGUGCCGCCGCGUACAAAAAUGUCAAGGUCGACGCUGCCGACGUUGCGCUGCUCGUCGAGGAGCUGGAGCUGCCCAAGCCAAAGGCGACGGAGCUGUUGAAGCGUCACGAGGGUGACGCCGUCAAGGCGAUGCGCGCAUAUAUUGCUGCUGCGUGA